AUGGCGUCAUCAGAUCGCAUUGAAGCUCGGGCAGUUAUUAAGUUUUGUAGUGAAUUAGGGAAAACGCCGACACAAACCUACAAGAUGAUACAGACGACAAGUGUAAAGAACACUGGUGUCAGUCGCAGUCUGGUUUUUGAAUGGCAUCAGCGUUUCCGCGACGGCAGAGAGAGCCUUAAAGAUGAUGAGGGUAGAGGAAGAAAAAAGAAAUACGGUGCGACAUUGGUGACGUCAAUCGCUGACGCAUUAGCAAAGGACCGAGGGUUAAAGGUCAGGACGUUGUCGGAGAUGUUCGGUGUUGGCUAUGGAACAAUUCAAAGAAUACUUACUGAGGAUCUACAAAUGUCGAAGGUAACUUUCCUUCAAAGGUAUAAGCGGGAGGGAGACGGUUUUCUUAGUAGGAUUAUAACAACAGACGAGACGUGGCUUUGGUUUUAUGACCCCGAGACAAAAUCGCAGUCGGCCGUGUGGAAACGAAGCGGAUCCCCACCUCCCAAGAAGGCCCGGGUGUCAAAGAGCUGCGGAAAGUACAUGUUCAUCAUGUUUGCUGACAUGCACGGGAUGAUUCAUAGCCACGCCGUCCCAAGCCAUAUGACCAUAAAUGCAGAUUACUAA